UAUAUAGGAGUAAGAAAUACAAUAUUGUUAUUAUGAUUUUUUUUUAGAUUUUCUGCAAAUUACGUAAAUUAGUAUUACUGUACUCCCUUAGGGCUGAGAAGAAAUCCCUAUACUCAUUGCUCUAUAGUACUAUCAGCUUAGGUUGGGUGACUGAUUUGUACGUUUUUCCCGGUCGGCGAUUUUCCGGUGUCCCACGUGACGGCGGAGCUACAGUGGCAGCUCUAACCGAAACCCUAACAUAUUGUACAAUCGGGUUGAAAAUUGGACUGAGUUUAGGCUGCAAUUUCAAAUGAGGGCCCGGUUAAUUGGAUGACCAUCUCUCUCCCCAUCUACAGCAUAUAAAAGUCUUCAUUGAUGGCUGAAAUCAAAGAACGCUUGCUUCCACCAAAACCUGCAUCAGCAGCAAAUCUUAGAGAAGUAUCUUAUAGGCCGCCUACCUCUGGUCGUCAACCUUUUCAAGGUAUAGAUGUCUUGGGUCUUAAGAAGCGAGGUCAAGGACUUCGAUCAUGGAUUCGGGUUGAUACAUCUGGCAAUUCCCAGGUCAUUGAGGUGGACAAGUUCACUAUGAUGCGUCGUUGCGACCUUCCAGCUCGUGAUCUACGUCUAUUAGAUCCAUUGUUUGUUUACCCAUCAACAAUCCUUGGCAGGGAGAAGGCAAUUGUUGUAAAUCUUGAGCAGAUUCGAUGUAUCAUUACAGCUGAUGAGGUUCUCCUAUUAAAUUCUCUCGACAGCUAUGUCCUGCAGUAUGUAGUGGAGCUGCAGCGACGGUUGCAAGCUGCAGGAGCAGGUGAGGUUUGGCAGUCAGAAGGUGAGUUGAGCAGAAGAAGAGGAGGCAGGAAUAUUGAGAAUAUGUUUGGCAAUCCAUCACCGGAUUAUUUGCCCUUUGAAUUCCGCGCGCUUGAAGUUGCACUGGAGGCAGCUUGUACUUUUCUUGAUUCUCAGGCAGCAGAACUAGAGAUUGAAGCAUACCCAUUGUUGGAUGAACUUACAUCUAAAAUUAGUACCUUGAAUUUGGAACGAGUUCGUAGAUUGAAAAGCAGGCUUGUUGCUUUGACUCGUAGAGUUCAGAAGGUUAGAGAUGAAAUAGAGCAGCUUAUGGAUGAUGAUGGGGACAUGGCUGAGAUGUAUCUCACUGAGAAGAAAAGCCGGAUGGAAUUGUCUUGCUAUGGAGAUCAAUCAUUGCUUGGCUACAGGUCAACAGAUGGUGCGUUGUCUUUGUCUGCUCCAGUUUCCCCUGUUUCCUCACCCCCUGAGAGCAGGAGGCUUGAAAAAAGCUUGAGCAUAGCAAGAAGCAGGCAUGAAAGCAUGAGAAGUUCGGAAAGUGGCGCUGAAACUCAGAGUAUAGAAGAGCUGGAGAUGCUCUUGGAGGCUUAUUUUGUUGUCAUUGACAGCACUCUCAACAAGUUGACAUCGUUGAAGGAGUAUAUUGAUGAUACCGAAGAUUUCAUCAACAUUCAACUGGAUAAUGUCCGGAAUCAGCUUAUACAAUUUGAGCUGCUACUUACAACUGCGACCUUUGUGGUUGCCAUCUUUGGGGUUGUGGCAGGAAUUUUUGGGAUGAAUUUUGAAAUACCAAUGUUUAAUCAACCAAAUGCAUUUAAAUGGGUCUUAAUAAUUACAGGUGUAACUGGAGCAGUGAUAUUCUUUGCAUUUUUGUGGUUCUUCAAAUAUCGAAGGUUGAUGCCACUGUAGAUGCUCGGGCACAGCUAAUUGAGAAUACACCCAGUGCAAGUAAAAGAGGACGGCCUGCUGGUGAUAUUUUUCGAAAGGCAUUUGACAAUGGAUCCUAUUUGUGGAAUAAAUACACAGCUUACAAGAAAUAAGCUUCUUCAGAGAAGACCAGUAUCUGUCAAUGCUAUGUACCAGAAAAGCUGAUAGAUCUACUGAAUCAUUUGAUAUUCAUACCUCUACCCCUUGUAGCCUAAUGGUAGUUUCAAAGUUGUAGUACAUUACACAUUAUAAUACUAGGCAUUUGUAUUCUUGGAGUUCAAAAGAAUGAAAAUGGGUCAUUCUUAUCGUAAGCCAA